AUGCCGCGAUCUAGUUUCUCAGAUAACCCCCUGCUGCGGGUAUCGCGGCCUGUAUCGGCCUGCUCGCGAUGUCGAGCUGCAAAAGUCAAGUGUGAUGGCAAGCUUCCAGCCUGUACUGCCUGUGAGAAGGCAGGCCGCGAGAAUGAGUGCUCCUCAGCCAAUGACCAGUUCGCCAGAGGCAAGGAGAGAAGUUAUGUAGCAGCCCUGGAGCUUAGAGUUGAAAAGCUAGAGAAGCGGUUGGCAUUUGCGAGAUCGCGCAAGGCAUCGGUUAAUCUCCACGAUGUCGAUGAAGCGACAGCGGCUCCUGCUGACCGCAAGGACUCUCUGGCCAAUAUUCGAGCUGCGAUUCACCGGAAAGCCGCCCGUAAGAGGGAGGACUCGGAUGUUAACGCACUCGUGUCUGACUUUGGCUUCUUAUCCGUCAACGCAACAACUCGUGAUUUUGAACCUUCCGUGAGCGGCAUGACGUUCGCCCGCCUGGUGCUGGCUGCCGCGACUAACGACGAGGUACCGGAUCCGACGGAGGACAGUUUCCCAACCAGAGCAGAGGCCUUCGCCACUGUUCAGUAUUACAUGGCCAACGUCUACUCACUGUUCCCGUCCUUCUCGGAGACUCACUUACUCACCGUCUUGGACGAUGUCUAUCAGCAAGACGAAAGAGUCAAGGACAGGCUCAAGGAUGCCGACUUUUGGCUACUGUACAUGGUUCUCGCUAUUGGGUACGCGGCCCAGAGCAGGGACAAAAACGAUGACUUCUCUCGCCGCGGUCUAGACUUUGUCGCUCGCGCCUUGCCUUUUGCUGACAAGGCACUGAUGCCUGGAUAUCCAAGCCAGAUUCAGUCGCUCAUCCUCUUCACGCAAUACUCAAUGCUCGACCCUGGCCAUUUCGACAGCUGGUAUCUGAUAGGAUUCGCGAGUCGUGCUGUGGUUGACUUGGGAUUCCAUCAAGACCCGCCACAGCUCCAGGUUCCCGAUAAGGCUGCUCUCGACCUUCGGAGGAAAAUGUUUUACUGUGUAUAUGCACUUGACCGGAUGAUCAGUAUGGUUCGCGCCCGAUCCUUCUCAUUCACAGAUGAUUCCAUCAAUGUCGAGUAUCCCAGCAACUCUGGCUUGACUUCUGGGCCGAUCACUGGCCCUCAAUCAGCAGACUCGGCUUUAGUCUUGUUCCAGCUUCGUCGACUCCAGUCCGAAUGGUAUCAGACACUAUUCCAGGGAGACGCAGCGCCACUUUCAGAUGCUGCCUCCUUCAUUUGGCAGAUGUGUCUGGAAAUGAGAGAGUGGCACGAGUCACUGCCUGAUAACCUCCCCUCGGGCAUCCGCGAGUUCUUCGAGCUCGAGCUGAGAUACAGUUACAUCCACUGCCUUGCGCCUAGCGAUCGCCAGCCACACCUGACUGACUACACCCGCAAACUCAUUUUCGAACAUGGCAUUGCUUACAUGAACACAAUUCACAGUGUCGUCCAUGGCUCCGUCAACACGGCAUUCUACUCCUCCCUGGACGCUCUCAAGGUCUUUUUCGUCGCAACACAGUUCUUCGUCGUCUUCAACGACAAGCGUGAGCUUCUUAUAUCGGAGCAAAGAAUCAUUCCGCCUAUCACUCGUCCAGGCACCGCACCUCCGCCACCUCUACCGCAUCGCCCGGCUGGUGGCGAGGAUAGUUUGGACAGAAGCAUGCGAUGCUUGCAGCAGGUUGUGGAAACACUUGCAAGAUACUCUCAGCGAUGGGACAUUGCGCUACAGCUCAAGACUACAUUUGAAGGAUUGUCAUCAGAGUUGUUUACCUGGCUUCAAGUACGUCGGCAGAUGAGAGAGCAAGGACAGCUGCCUCAACAACACCAGCAACAAAUGCAGCAGCAGCAUCAGCAAUCGCCUCAUCAACCGCAGCAGCAGCAACAACAACAUCAACCACAACAACAACCACUCUACCACCCGCACCAACAGUCUUCACCUAUACCCCAUGGUCCCUCGCCGCCGCUUGGUCAACACCCUCAACACCCUCAGCAUGCCCAACAUCCAUCCUACCCGCCUCAUCCCCAUCCUCAGGCCCUCAUGGGGCAACAACAGGUGUCGAUGCAAAGCAUGAUGCAGCAGCAGCUUCAAGGGCAACCGAUGAUGCAAUACAGAUGGGUCGGCGAUGGGGGCGGGCAGAUGAUGCCUGGUCCACCGGGGCAAGGCCCACCGAUGUGA